GUAGAUCGGUUUAUUGUGCCAGUAUCAUUCUUGUUUUUUUUGUUGUCAAGACCCCCUCGAGGCCCAUCAAAAGAUGAAGCUGCUGUUCCUGUUGAGCUUCCUGCUGUGCGCGAUGUUGGCCGCGGCCAGCAAGUACUCGUGUCCUGCCUGUCCGGCUAACUAUCUGCCGGUGUGCGGUACCGAUGGCAAGACGUACUCGAACGAGUGCGCCCUCGAGUGCACGGUUGGACCGCAAGUCAAAGUGGCUCGUCCUGGAGAGUGCUAAGCAUAAGAAAAGCGGCCAAAUUGAAACGGCGAACCUGAUCGGAAGGGCAACGCGACCCAUGGAGCUCAGGCGGAGCCGGGAUAGGUUAUUAUUUUUUUUUUCAUAUAC